UAUCAACCGAAUACAUGAUUGGAAGUAAAUUCUGAUUUUAAAAAAUUUGGAUGUGAUUGUACUUCAAUAUGGCGAACCGCGACAAAGGACGCAAAAAGUGGGGAGAAUUUUUACAAGAUAAUUCAAAAUUAGAAGAGGAUAGGUCAAUAGGAAUGAAAGGUGGAGGAAAUAGAGCACCUCAAGCUUUAUAUAGGCCAGGAAGUGGACCUCUUCGAAAAUCAGGAAGAUCUACAGAUGAUUUAGAUAAUGAAAAUAUUUCACGGGAAAAACCUAAAUCCAGCUCCGUCCAACAUCGUUUAAAACAGUCACAACUCAAUAAAUCCAACCAAAAUCAAAAUAAUCCACCAUCGUCUAAAGUUGAAAAUGUAACAGAAAAAUUGAAUGAUCUAAAUAUUAAUUACAGAAGCAUUACAAGCAUUGAACAGGCACAAGGUUCUUCUCAAAAUAGUAAUUCUGGAGAUUCAAGAAGGAAAGCUAAGAAACCAGAACAGCUAUUAUAUGUACCUAAAAAAGUAAAAGAAGCAUUGGCUGAACAAGAUGUAACAAAUAGAUCUCCCAAUCAAGGAGGUUGGGAUCAGGAUCAAGAGAGAGAGCAUAGUGAAGAUCGUGAUUCUCAUUCCAAUCGUAGUCAUAAAAGUGAUAGUCAACGUAAUCGGUUAAGUGGUCAUGGUAGAAGAGAUAGCGAAAGUGGAAGUAAAAACCGAGAUGAGCAUGAUAAAAGAUAUUCAGGUAAUCGAAGAACUCGGCAUGGUAAUGAAAAUGAAGAGCGUUGGCGAUCUGAUUCUCCUUUAUCUAGCAGAGGUUAUGGAAAUAAGAAAGAUAGUUCUCGUGAAGUUAGACAGUGUUCAGAACCUCUUUUUGCAACAACGAAUCACUUAAAUGAUUUCAAUCGUACUAGAGAUACACGUAGCGUAGAACCUGCUGGACAUCCAGAAAAGUUUCAAGGCAAACCACCAUCAGGCAAAUGGGGUGGCACUAAAGAUAGUUUGCCAAAAAAUAUAAAAAUAGAACACUUACCACCUAGAUUCCAGAAAAAAUACCUUUUGGAUAAUGGUUUGCCCCUACCACCAAGUUCCUCACCAUCUGAAGAUACAUGGAAUAGCAAUAGUGCUUCAUUUCAGGCACCAUCAAACUAUAAUUUUCCACCUGCAAUGCAACAUUCACAAACGAUGCAAAGUUUACCUCCAUCUGGUCCAUUACCUCCACAAACUAGCUGGUCUAAUACAGCACCACCACGAGCUAGAGGUAGAGGUAGACUUAGACCAGAAGAUUUAGAAAGUUCAACAAACGUUUUUAGGUGUGUUACACCUGAUCAGUAUUCAGCUCCAAGUUCCAGAUCUCAUACACCAAGCCAAGAAUUUAUGCAAAGUAGAUCUUACGAUCGUCGUGGCAGUAAUAGUACUAUGUAUACUAGUAUGGAAAGUUUAAGUCGAGUAGAUAGUUCAACAAUACCACCGCCAUCAUCAGCAUCACCCGUUACUUCAAUGUCCAGUGUGAACAAACGUCAAAUAUCGCCAGAGAGUCAUCGUCGAGGAAUAUCUCCGUCUCCAGCUUUUCACCGCACUCAAACGCAACGGUGUAGCAAUACAUCUGAGCGUAAUACAAUACAAGAAAAAAAGAACGGUCAACAAAAUUCAGGUGUCAGUUCAUCAAAAGGUGAAUCUAUCAACACUGCAUUAAAUAUAUCUGCUGAACAUCCAUUUGAUUGGAGUGAAGACGUUGAAUUAAGUGAGAAGUUAGAAGCUGAGCGUGCAAGUCGUAGUUCAUCUGUAUUGAGUUUACGUGAAAAUGUUAAUGUGUCAGGAAAUGAAACUACAACAAGUAGUCAUAGUCGACGUAAAAAAAAAAAGAAGAAACAUGCGGCAGAUCGAGGGAGGAGUAAUAGCAGAGAUAAAGCUCGUGUUAAUAGUCGUGAUCGGCAAAAUAAUCAACAAAAUAGAGAAAAUGAUAACUAUAACAAUAAUCAAAAAAACAAUAACAGUAGCAGGAGAUAUGACCACAAAAGACACCGUAAUAUUAUACAACGUAGUCGAGAAUCUAGCAAAGAUAGAAGUUAUCGUGGUGGUAAUCGAAACUUUGAUGACCUUCAUCGACAUAGAGCGUCCGAUCGAUAUCUAGAUGAAAAUUGGAGAACAGGUAGAAAAAUGUCAGUUUGUGAUUCUGACGAUGGUCGACAAACACCUAGUGUUUCUUCACAUUCUGUCCCGUUAGCAAAUACUUUGACAGCACAUCAAACAUCACCUACUGGAUAUACUAGUUCUCAACCACCGGGUGUUUUAGUGUUACCUGAUACUAGCCAAUCUCCACCUAAUCAUCAAACUUCGAGGCAACAAGGAGUGCAACAACAAAGAACGUUAUUUGAUCCCAAUAAUCCUAAUAAACCAAUCGUUAUUAUCUCUCCUAGUAGUAGAGCAGCAGUACAAAGAGAAAGUGAAACUACAUCUCAAGGUUCAAGUAUACCAGUGUUUCAAUCCCAUGGGGGUAUUAGCUCUACUCAUCAUAACUUCCAGGGAACGCAUUUGGAUGGCGUGCCACCACCAUACAUGACAAAUGACCAAUUUGGAAAUAUAAGACCUUCAUGGUAUGAUCCUUACUCCGAUAGUUUUCGAGUAGCUAAAAAUCCUUACUUACUCUUGGAUAUAGAACGUGCAGAUUUAGAAUUGCAGUGGAUACUAAGUUCUGGUGGUUUUACAUCAAAUUGGGAGAGGGUUUUGUACAUACGACACUUUCUACAAGAAAGUUUAAAAACUUUGCUCGAGACUGAUAUCAAAUUUUGUCAAGCUGAGAACGUUGAACAACAUUUUUGGAAAAUACUUUUUUAUAAUAUGAUCGAAAUGCUGCGAAAAGGCAUGCCUAAAGAAAGUUCUGAAGGUCGAGAACAUUAUAAAAAAAUUAUGUUAAAAAUUAUUGACGAUGGUACCGUAUAUUUAGAGAGUUUGUUGACUGUUCUUGAAACGAAAUACGAAUUUAAAUUGGAUACAUUUCUUGCAUCGUCGACUUUGCCUAAGGGUCUUGGGAUCUUAGGUUUAGCCUUAGUAAGUGCGCAAAAAAUAUAUCUAUUUUUGGGUGAUUUGGCGAGAUAUAGAGAACAGGCAAAUGAAACAAAUAAUUAUGGAAAGUCUCGGCAGUGGUAUUUGAAAGCGCAACAACUUAAUCCAAAGAAUGGAAGACCUUACAACCAGCUUGCAUUACUAGCACAUUAUGCUAGGCGAAAGUUGGAUGCGGUGUAUUAUUAUAUGCGAUCUCUUAUGGCAUCUAAUCCUUUCCAUUCUGCAAGGGAGAGUUUAAUAGCACUUUUUGAUGAAAACAGGAAGAAGUAUGAAUCGACGGAACGGAAACGGAAAGAGGAGAGAGAGUGGAAAGAACGAGCCAGGAUGAAAGAGAAAGAGGGAGCGAACAAUAUUGGUGGAGGACUAAGAAGAGAAAUUUGGAUUCAUCCUGGUGGAAGACGAGUUCAUCGUACAACUACUGCAGCCACUGCCAACGAAGCGAGAUUAUCUCAUAGCGAUUUAGAAGAAUUGGCACAAUUAAGCAGCGUUGAGGUAAAUAAACGGUUCGUCACAUCCUACCUUCACGUUCAUGGAAAGCUGAUCAAUAAGAUAGGAAUGGAGACGUUCCAAGAAGCUGGUGUUCAGAUGUUAAAGGAGUUCAGGGCGCUUCUUCAGCAUUCGCCGCUGCCUCUUCCGGGGACGCGACUUCUUCAGCUCCUGGCGUUAAACAUGUUCGCCAUCGAGUCGACGCAGUUAAAGGAUUCCCAAAUGGAGCAAGGGUACCGGUCCGAGGUCCAAGAAAGGGCACUGGUUGUAUCCUUGCAGAUGUUCAAUCUGAUUUUAGAACGUGGCGUGUCCUUGCUCAAGUCUCAGUUGGACAGCGGCGAAGAGUCGAGGAUGGUUGUUAGCGAGGACAUGCAAGUCCUUUUACCAGCUAUCAAGAUCUGGUGCGACUGGAUGCUUUGUCACAGCACCGUUUGGAAUCCACCACCAUCUUGCACGGACUAUAGAGUCGGGCCACCUGGGGACGCCUGGAGCAGGCUGGCCAUGAUGGUGAACCUACUGGAAAAAUUGAAUUACUCCAGAACGAUUCUUAUCCAGGCCAAGGACGCGGAGGGUCGAGAAGACGAACUUGAAUUGGUAAAACUGCCGGAAGAUAUGACCUUGGCAGGAUUCACGCCGCUGAUGUCGAAUCCGCAAGAUCCUUGCUACGCCGAAAAAACCGAAGAUAUGGAAGUUGCUCAAGUGUGCCUCAGGAUAAACAAGAUUCUGUUCUUCGGCCAAGUGUUCCUGUGCGGCCUCGAGACGCCGGUAUUGAAGUUGCAGAAGAGCGAAACUGGCAUUAGCGAGUACGUCUCCGUGGUGGAGGCAUCAAGCACGAGCACGCCGAGUUCACCACCAGAGCAGAGCGACUCGGAGCUCCUGGUGGAAAGUUACAGCGAGGGUGAAGACGAGCCAGUUUCCACCCUCAAGAGAUUACCCUCGUGCACAGACGUACCUGACGAUAGCAUCGCGCCCGUAGCCGCGGUUGAGAUAAGGUCGUUGAUCGAGAGAAAAGAAGAAUUGGAGAGGCGGCAGCGGAAACAGGAUCGUCAUAGACAGCGAGUGCAGCAAAUCUUGCAAAAGUCUUCAGUUUCGGUGGAAAUCGAAGUGAGACCUAGACAAUUGGUGCCAGAUACUAACUGCUUUAUCGACUAUCUACCGCAAUUACAAAAUAUCGCGAAAGCAAUUGCUGGCGCUCAACCGAUUUACACGCUUAUGGUGCCACUUGUAGUUCUGAACGAGCUCGAGGGCUUGGCAAGGGGUGCGGACGCCAGAGAUUGUCCUCCAGCUUCGAGGGCGACUUUGGAUCCAGAACACGUGGCCAGGGUGGCUGAGAGCGCAAAGGUAGCUCUGGCUUUCGCGAGAAGCAGAAAUCCGGCGAUUCGGUGCUUGACCACUAGAGGAACUGUGCUGACGUCCAGCACGUUUACGGUAGAAGAGGACGUUGACAAGGACGGGUUGACAAGAAACGAUGACAGAAUACUGGCUACGUGCUUGAGCCUCUGCAAGGCGGGUAACAAAGAUCAAGUAAAUGCAGAAGAGGGUCAGCCACGACGACUCAGGAGGGAAGUUGUCCUAUUAACGGAUGACAGGAACUUGAGGGUGAAGGCGCUAGCAAGGGAUGUUCCCGUAAGAGAGGUGCCCGAUUUUAUGCAAUGGGCCGGCCUUGGUUGAGACGCUUUUCCGACCAAACAUACCCGCUAACGAAAAAUCUUCCGUUACCACCCCCGCCGAGUAAACUUGAACAACAGCAGCAGCAGAAAUAGCAGCAGCAACCAUCAACAGCAACAGCAACAGCAGCAGCAAGACAAAGAAAAGGAAAGAAAGCGUGGAAGAAAGAGCAUGGAGGAAAAAAGGGGAAUCAAAGAAAAGAGGAUAUCUCGCAUCGUGCUCCCUCAAUCGUGGCCGAUCAGCCGUCGCGCGCGUGCGACGGAUCUUCCGUUCCCACACGUAAGUUCGUUCUGAUUGUCGAGGUCGUGCCUAUACCCGCGGUGAUGCAUUCAUCGUGUCGGCAAGGAUGUCAAAGAGAUCGGCAAAGAAUGUGUGUGUGUGUGUAUGAGAGAGUGCGUAUGAGUGAGUAAGUGAAUGAACGAGCGAGCGAGUGAGAGUGAGAAUGAGAGUGAGAGUAAGUGAGAGAGUGAGUGUGUUAGUGGGAGAAAGAGAGAAAGAGAGAGAGAGAGAGAAAGAGAGAGAAUAUGACUGGUCAUUUUCCAUGGUGACAUUGCUCGAUGUAGAUCGAGUUUUUAGGAGCGACCGAGACUAGGAGAAACACAGGGAGAACGGUAGUUUGUAGUAGGAUCAGAAAUAGAGGGAUAAGAGAGAGGGAAAUAGAUAUAAUUAGAUAGAAACGACGAUGCGUGAUCGCGACGCUUUCCAUCGUUGAUUUCUUUUUCUUUUUUACUUGUUUUUAAUAUAUUAUAUUUAAUAGUUAUAUUUAGAGAAAUAUAGAUUUCUGUUCUCUUCAAUACGAUUAACAGCUACUAUGAAGAUUUUCUUACAUGUAAGGAGAAAAGGGGAUGUAAAGCGGCGCGAGAACGUUGAUAGCUGAAUCGUAUCGGGGCAAAGUAAUUUGUCCGAGAACGGAGACAGGAAAGUAUGCUACUCAAUCUGAGAGAAACGUACGAGAAAAUAAAGCAAGAAAAUGAAUGAAGCGAGAAACGAAACGAAACGAGACGAGACGAGAGGGGUCGAUAUUUUUUACACACGAGAAUAUCUUUUUUGGUUGAUUUUUAUCGAUGACGACCGCUCUGCGGCCGGCUUCAUUUUUCUCUACCUUUUAUCAUGUUUGUAACGGUCUAUACACGCGUAUAUAUGCAUAUAUAUAUGUAUAUUUGUACGCACUUUUGAAUAUUGUAUACACCGUAUGCGGUCGUUGGAGGAUGCGUUCGGAAUCCGCGUACAUCCCGCCUCGCGUGUGUGUCGCUUGUCUUUCUUUUUAUUCUCUUUUCUUAUGCUGUCCUUUUUAGCAAGCUCCCUCCCUCGUACCGGAUCGUUCUGGAAUUAAUUUUCUUUCUUUCUCCUCUUUUCUGUUUUUCCUCUCCCUUUCGGCUGUCCCUUCGUUUCUUUUCCUACUCUUUUUCUUUCUCGCUGUACGCGUAACGAAAAAGUUAUCCUUGCACGCCGUGUAUUAUUCUUUUUUUUUAUUUUUUUAUUUUUUUUUUUUUUUUUGAUGCAAUUUUCGAUAUUUGUAUCGUACUUUUUCACUUUUCUUCACUUUUUUCUCUAACGAUUUCAUGGUUUUUUCGUACGAUGGUACGAUUUCGAUGCCUUUAUUUUUACUCGUUGUUAGCUUCUUUUUCCUUUUUACGAGUCUCGUAACGCCUUAUGGACUUUAUCGAAGUUUUUCCAGGCGUAGUUUCCAUUGUAGUCUCGAGCAGAGAAAGAUGUGUUUGAUAUAUAUAUAUUUAUAUAUAUAUAGAUUUGUUAGAUUGGCGGGGGAGAGGUAGAUAUGAUCAACUGAGAAACGGGAGUAACUACCGAGUAGCGCAAAUUACAUAAAAUAAAUUUAAUACGAGUCUUCAGAUUCUUGUAUCCGUAGAUUUCAUCGUAAAGUAUUUCAGUUUACCGGAGAUAUUCUCUAUCUUUCUUAUUAAUAUUUUUCAAUUAAUUACUUUGUUAAUAUUGCUUUUAAAAAGCCACCGCGUACUAACUUAAUUGCUAAUAUAUUUUGUUUGCUAAUAUUCGUUAAUCGUCAAAAUAAAGAAGAGUGAUGUUUAGCUUAGUGCUCAAUUACAUAGAAUUCGAAUAAUUAGACACUAAGUAAAAUCUUGUUCAUAUAAACUAUUAUACUUGCUUCUCCAUUCAUUUUAUCAUAGCUGAAUCUAGCAUAUCUGUGGUCCGUAAGGUAUUACGAGAAGAAUUUUAAUUUUUUUUAUAGAACAAUUUACGCGCUCGGUGUUGGCGCAGCGAGAACGAGUGCGAUUUUUACAACACAAAAAAGGUGACCGUGUUUUAAGCCGGAUAUAAUCACGAUAGACGCUCCCCAUUUGCAUUCCCACUAAAACAAAGUUUUCCAGAGUGACGGCGUAGAGGUCCCGAAUCCUCGUCGUUUUCCAGCGACUGCUCGCGUGUCAUUGUCGAGAAUGUCAUGUGAAUUUUUUAAUCGAGACAAUUUGCUCGCGUCAAAAUGCCACAGACACGAAAUUGAAACGCCAUUUGUUUCGCUUAUAACUGCCGCCAGAGAUGGUUCCUUCUGUUGGCGGAUGCCAUUUUGUCGACUAACUUUGCUACCAUUUCCGUGUGUCAAUGAAUUCGUGAAAUUUCGUCAGGGGAAUCAAGAAUGUUAAUUUGUAAAUUAAAUAGAUUUUGUUUUGUUGGAUUAAAUGGUAUUACUUUUUUGAUUAAAUGCUCAUCAUUUUGUUCGUCAAUACUGCUGCGGUGUUAAAAUUUUUACGCUUUGAUCUUGUUUUUGAUUUAAGUACCAAAAAUGUUCUUAAUAUUUUAUGAACUUUGGCAUAAAAUAAAAGCUUGAAUCUUUCGUGGUUUCUUCAAGUUUAGAAAAUUUUUUGAGCUUCCGUUGAAAAUUACUUAAAGGACGUAGCAAAUAAUAUAACAUAAAAGAUUUUUUUUCAAAUUUGUAUUUCGUGAAUCGACUUGGUAUUUGAUUAAUUUAGGAAUAUUAUUCGUUGAUCAAGUAAAUGCCAUUAUUUAUUUUGUCAGGCGAAUGAUUACAUUAUUUUAUAAACUAAUUUAUAAUGUAUUUGAAUAAAUGUAGUAUAAUAAUAAUAUGUCUUGAAGCACUUUGUUUGUUAAACAAGAUUUAAUAAUUUGGUCGACAAAGUGGUUGUUAUUUUAUCAACGAAGUAAAUAUCAUUUAAUGAAGCAAUAUUAUGUAAUUUUUUUGAAAACGUAAACUACAUCAAGUUAUUCGUAUUAUUAAUAAUAUUAGUGAAACUCGAAUUAUUUUGUUAUCAAAGUUGGCAUUGUCUUACUCUUUAGACGGAAAUGGCGUCCUUUCAUUCCAUCAAGAUCACGUGUAUGUGGAGCAAUGAGCCGCUUAUUAAUUUAAUUUGACAAAGUCAAAGAUUGUAAUUGUGAAAUUAUAACGCCGAUAAUCUUACGGGAAAUGAAAUAUCUUAAUAUUUAAAUUGUAAGAAAAUUAAUAGAAUGUACACGGUAGAUUUGAUCGGUAGGUUUCGCCUCUUUUGUGACACACGACUCUUCAUCAUGUUUUUUUACUAUCUUUACUCAUUUCUACCAUCUUAAAUGAUUAUAGAAAUUUAAUGGACCGAGUAAAUUGUUAAAACACCGGUGAAAUAUAUUAUAAAUCUGAAUUAUUUUUCAAUUUAUAUAUAUGUAUAUACAUAUAUAUACAUAAAAGGCCAAGCUAAAAAAAGGUAAAAAAAAAAGAAGAAAGAAAGAGAAACUAUUAAUCAUACGUGAAAUAGUUAAACUGAUCGUAUAGCGUUGCAAAGGGUCAUCGUAAAUCGUACAUCAGCAUAACAAAUUAACAGUUUAACAGUUCUGCAAGACAUAAAAUUGCUAUUGCGUUGUAAAAUCAUCGAUCAAAGAAGAAACUAUCGAUCGUAACGUUGCAUCGUGAUCCACCGUACGUGAGCGGAUAGAAAUCGAACAGAAGAAAAAGAAUAUUUACGCGUAUGUGAACAAAGCAGAAAGCAACGGAAGGAAAUGUAGAGGAAACACUAAUUCGUGUAUACGCGCUUGCGCUUUUUCUUCUUGCCUGUGUCGAUGAACUUUCUGAGCUCUCGAACAGUAUAGAGACUAGGAGAAAUAACAGAAAUCUAUUGUCGCAUGUAGUCGUUGAUUUCGGGAGGUUUUGAAUGUCCUAACACGAUCGUAUGACUUUUGCUCGAUUGCAUAUCAAUGAUUAACCCCUUGCGGGAGAUUAAGCUUAUAGAAAAGAAACAUAUAAUAAAUAAAUAUAUAUAUAUAUAUAUAUAUAUAUAUCUAUACAUAGAAAGAAAUAUUGUACAGUGUAUCAAGGAAUAAGGAUAAAAAUUUAAAGUGCUUAUAGUAUUCAUCAAGAAUAAGUAUACAAUUCUUAAUCGAUAUAGAAUUUAGAAAGUCUAUAUUUUUUGCAGUAAAAUGUAAUUUUGUAUUUGCUAAUAUGCAAUAACUGAAAAGUAACAUACAUAUCUAUCCAUUGCAUCUUAAAACUUAUAUAUUUGAUAUAGUUUCCAUUAAUUAUUAUUUCCUAUGGAUGAGGCAAAUCAUAAUAGUAUAAAAUUAAUUAUCCUUGCAAAAUAUACAUACAAAAUCACAUUUUACACUAAAGGUAUUGGCUUUUGAACUUAAGUUAAUGAAACAUUUUUUUUAUUCCAUCUGACACUAUAUAAGUCUACAAACUCUUAAUUCUUUUUCCAAUAGCACUCUGUAUAUUUGUCGCGAUUGAUAGAAAUUUUCAUCGCUAGGUCACCAAUGUCUACGAUACUUUUCUACAGUACACGCUGUAUUUAUUUUUCUAGAACACACUCGCCAUUCGAACGAAUCUAUAAUCAUCGUAAAUGUGUACAUUAAAUGAGGAAUCGUGAGUAAUUUAUACACACAUACAUAGAAAAUGAUCGACCACAAAGGGUUAAUCGACUCGAAUCAAACGCGUCUAAAAUGUAUUUUAGGAUUCGGUACGAUCGAGAUCACGAACAUUCCGAAUAGAAGGAUUGAUAUCGAACCGGUUGAACGUGUCGAUCGUGAAUAAUUUUGGUAUCGUGAUGUUUUUCCACGGAAUUCGAUGAUCAUGUCAUGGUGGGACGAUCGCACGCGAUGUGAUGAAUCGGGAAAUUAUCGUUUAGCUUUAUUCCGAUUUAUUACUUGGACGAGACUCGUCCGUUAAUUGUUAUCUACCGAACUUGCGUUUUUUAAGCUGAAUCCAUUAGUAAAUUAUUCGUUGAUCUAUUGAUUCUCGGUCAUUGUUACCGAGUAGAACAAUUGAUAAUGAAUUUUUUUUAAUGAAUUUUUUAAUCUAUAAGAUAAAUAUCGUCCUUCAAACUUACAGACUUUCAAAUAAAAAAAAUCUGUUCAAAGAUUUCUUUAACUACAUGUGUAUUUAUAGGGAAGUUUUUCAGGCCCUAUAUGGCCUUAUUUCCAAGAUUGUUCCAAACUGUUUCAUAAAAAUGAAAAGAAACAAAAAAUGGUGAUGAUAAUUGAGAGUCAGCAAAGUAAUCGAGAACAAUUGUAUCCGUUCGUAUUUAACGUUUUAGCCGCCACAAUUCAUAUGUAUUAAUCCUUGAAAAUGGAGGAGAGAGGAUGAGAGAGAAAGAGAGAGAGAGAGAGAGAGAGAGAAAGGGAGAGAAUGAAUGAAACCGAUAAACAAGGGACCGUGAGAGAUGAGAAUGCGACGUGUCCUAUUUUUCGACGAAAACUCUAGUUACUUAACGAUCCGUAGCGAUUAAUUCUGCAAGAAGAGAGCGAGUGCAAGGAAACGAGUGAAAGAGAAAGCGAUCAAGAGACACGAAGAGGAAAUAAGAGCAUUCGUAAUCGACUGGAACUCCUCUUGAUCGUAUCUUUUCGACUGGUUCACUUUUAUUUUUUCUUUUUAAGAUAGUUGUACACAUCGUCGAUAUUAAUGUUACUCUUUUCCUCUUUUCAUCAUGUAGAACGUAUGCAUUAAAUGGUAGAGACGAUCAGCUCGGUGCUGCACCAUUUUCGAAGCUUCUUUAAAAACUGUUAACACAAUUAUCCUUUGACACUAGAAAUACCACCACAGUUGAAAUAAUUUGUUAUUGUCUUAGAUAAAACACGUAUUUCUAAACUUUUAUUAUUCUAGCUCUUAUCUCCAGUUACUGUGCAAUAUGAACAUUUUCUCAAUAUCUAUCUCUAUUGAUGUAAAGCGACAAAGUUACAAGUAAACUAUUCUGCUUCGUAUUUUAUUACGAAUUACAAUCCUUUUAUCAUAUUUUAUUGUUUUGGCAAAAAAGUUGGAAACCAGCUAAAAAAUAAACUAAAACCGCAGUACUAUUACGAGUUAAAACACCUUCAGUGACCCAAACAAAACAACAAAAGCACAAAAUUUACGAAUAGUUAUACUUGUCAGUGGCAAUAAUACCUGACACAAUUCUGUUCAUUAGUGAAACCGACUCUAUUGGUCUUUCUAGCGUUAAUGGCGAUAAACAGAAUCAAAACAGUCAGACUCGAAACAGAGUCAAAAAGUCCUACCACCGAUUGUAAUCAUUAUAUCACGUUGAUUCCUCCGCAAUAGCCGAAUAGUGCAAUAACAGGUGGCAAACUGGUAACACGUUUCCGGUCGAUCCGCGCGAGUCCUCGGUGUUGUGAUCGACGAAUUCGAUUCGACCAACUGGAUAGUCGAAUAUCUACAUAUACAGCAGAAAUUAUAAGAGAUUUUAUCUAAAAAAUUUCAAAUUGUUUCUUCGACACAUUGACGAAGAUGAAGUUACAAAAAAGAAAAGAAAAGAAAAAGAAAAAUACGAAAAAAAAUGCUCGUUUCAGUUGACAGAUCUUCUUGAUGGAUAGAUUGAAACGCGCGUUUUCUUUUCUUCGCAUCGUAUAUCGAUUGUUGUAUUCUUACAAAUGUAAAGCUGCCGAAUCCCACAGCGUCACUGAUGCAAAAUCGCGUGGACAUCGCAUCGCUCCAGACGAGCUCAAUGCUCGUUGAAUCGUGCGUCGAAUAAAUUCAGAAAAUUUGUCGCGACUUUUCCUUUGGCAAAUAUCGAGGAACGCAGCGUGUCGAACCUCCGCAACUUGCCGUCAGUUCCUUUGCUUGUCGAGAUGCGCCGACGCCAAGCUCAAGAACGUCUUAAAGCGUCUAUUUUUCUACUGAAUCUCUUCUGCAAUUAAAGUCACGGCGUCUUUUAAUCUUGCUGUGCUCCGUGGGUCAUUUUCGAUCGGAUCGUAACUUUUAUCACCAAGAAAAUUUCUUAAAUUUGAGGAAAUUAUAGAGCAAUCGUUUUUGAUUUCUCGUUUGAAUCGUAUGUUAAUGAUUUUUUUCGAAAAGCCUGAAGGAUCGCAGUAGGGUUAAUUACGAGCGGUUAUCGAAUAACAUUCGCAAUAAAGUAACUGUGUUUCUUGUUAAAACCGAAAUUUUACAUUCCAUUCAGCCACCACAUCAGACUUCCUUGGCGAGAAUGACAUUUUUUUUGUAUCAGCUUGCGGAGGAUCGAGAUCUUCUGUUUCCUUUUUUUUUUUGCCUUGAUUGAUUUUACUGGCUGGUUGUAAAAAUUUGGUGAGAUUUAAAGAAGAAAAAAGAAGAAGGAAGAGUCGAGAGAUAGACGAUGGUUAGAGACAAGUGGAAAUAGAUUUAAAUAUGGUGUCUACGAAUACGAUCGAUCUGUGCAACUUGUUGACGUCGCGAUUUUUAUAGCACGUUUUAUAUGCGUGCCGAAAGCUGUGGUCUCUGUCCUAUCCCGGGACGAUUUACACCAUAAGUGUACCUAUGAAUGCAUAUAAAAUAUACGUUAUAUAUAAAAUACGAAUACACGCGAACACAAAUAUACCGAUUACAUACCACUGGCCAUCGAUUUUAAUUCAAGAUUGUCGCAAUACCAAUUAUAUGCGUAUAGUAAUUAAAUAUCUAAAAGAACGGUGUUAAAUGAUACGUUUAUAUUUUGACUCGGAAAGAGGAUUUUCUUUUUUCUUUUUGAAUAAUGUGACGAAUAAUUGUCGACGAUAACAAUGAUUAUGGCGACGAUAAGAACGACGACGACGACGAUGAUGAUGAUAAUCACUACGAUGCAGCGGUAGAAUUUUUAGGCUAAUCAUUUAUUACACUUAUGAAGAAUGUCAGUACUAUAGUGUUACCACUUUGGUUAUUCAAUAAAACGUGAAGUUGACGGAAUCGCUGUUA